AUGGAUUCUUUUAUGGAGAAUUGGCGUCGUUGUUCCCACGCAAACAGACGUCAAAACAUUAGGCAAAAAUGGCGACAUGCAGCGAAUCCCUCGUGGAUAAGGUUUUGAAUGAAUUUAUCACUGUCACAACGAAACCAGAAAGCUUUCUAAGUGUACAGGCUGCUGCCAACACAAAAUUCAAAGCAAUUACAAAAGAUCUCUAUGAUUCUGUUAAUCAAAAUUUCACACUGCAAGGGCUUACUGGAAGUCUGCCAGAGCUUUAUACAGAGGGAUUCGAUGAAGAACAGAUUUGGCAGCAACUAGAACUUCACAAUGAACCUUCCUUCAAGAUAUUAAUGAAAAAUGUAGCCAAACUUCUUACAGGAAAAGACAAGAAACUUUCAUUUUACAAAGUUGAAGUACAAACUGACGAUGAAGAGCAAGAAGAAAAUGGUUUGGAAAACGAGGAGGAUAAAGACAGUGUUGCAAGUGACUUGUCUUUCCAACUUCCUUCUGAUAGUGAUAAUGAAAACGAGGAUGGAGACGACUCGGACCUAGACGAAACUGACGCAUUGAAAUUCGACGAGUACAAAAUGCUCGAUGAAGAACGCGAAGAAAGGCCAAAAAAGAAUAGAGAACAGUCAAUGGGGAAAAUUCGAAAAACUGAGGUCGACGACGAGUUUUUUAAAGUUGGUGAAAUGGAAAAGUUUCUUGAAAAGGAAGAAACUGAAAAACCAGUUAAGGACGACGACGAAGAUUCUAUCGAUUAUUUUGAGGACGUCCUUUCCGACGACGAUGAAAACGAAGCCGCUGUCAAAGCCAAGUACAAAGAUUUUUUCCGAGGAUCCAUUCCUGCAGACGACCAACAACAGGAAAUGGAUGAGGAAGAUGAAGAUCUGGAAGAGGGUGAUGAAGAAAUGGAAGAUGAAGAAGAGCUAGACGACGACGAUGAACCAAGAGAGAAACGUGUCAAAUUCGACUUGAAUGGCUCCGAUUCAAGCGACGAAGACGAGUCAGACACAUCCAACGAUAAUCUCACGAAAUCGGAAGGAAAAUCUAGCUAUGAGCUAAGACAAGAACGGUUGAAAGCUAAAAUCCAAGAAUUGGAAGACGAAGCUGUAGCGCCGAAACCCUGGCAGCUGAUGGGUGAAACCAAAGCCGAACUCAGACCUGAUAAUGCACUUUUAGAGGAAGAUCUUUUCUUCGAUCACACAACAAGACAAGCGCCUGUCAUCACAGAAGAGACCACCAAGACCUUGGAGGAAAUUAUCCGCCAACGCAUCAAAGACCAAGCUUUUGAUGACGUGGAGCGCAAAAUCAAACCUGUCUACGACCCUACUGAAUUCAAAAAGAAGUUGGUGCUGGACCAAGAAAAGAGCAAGUUUAGCUUGGCUGAAAUUUACGAACAGGAAUUCUUGAAGCAGCAAGAAACUCAAAAGGCAGAGGCUAAAUCAAGUAGUCUUGCCGACGUGCCCAACGAUGAAGCGUCCGAAGACCAAAACCGUGCAGCACUUCGCAAGAGAAUGGCCACUGUAUUUGCCAAACUAGAUGCACUCUGCAACUUUAGCUACACCCCACGAGCACCUGAACCUGAUGUCAAAAUUGUCAGCAAUAUGCCUUCGAUCGUUAUGGAAGAAAUUGCUCCCGUCACAGUCAGCGAUGCCAAUUUGUUGGCACCACAAGAAGUUCAAGAUCCCACGAGAGGCGUGUUGAAGGGCACGACGGAAAAAGCGAAAACGGACCGAUUGCGAGAGCGGCGGAAGAAGAAAAGUGCCCAGCGAGUGCGGCAUAAAGAACGAGAGCGUACCGAGAAGGCCGUCGACAAGGCUAAUCCGGGGCUGGGUAACAAGCACGCAAAAGCCCGUGUUUUGCACAAUUUACAGAAGGCGGAGAAGGAGGGUACCGUUUCAUUGAUCAAAGACAAUAGAACUAAAGCUACUAAAUCUUCGACGGCCUUCUUCAAACAAUUGCAAGAAGAUGUGUCGGCCAGCGUGGACGCGGUUAGACAGGGCAAGCAGAAAACCAAUCUGAAAAACAAACGCAGCACUGGUUCUCAGUUUAAACUUUAAAAUAAAACAUAAACAAGACGAAAAGGCGACAUAAAACUCUUUCCAACUCUA